CCAUUAAAAUGAAGUUUCGAACGAUGACUGUCGGCAUUGGGGAAUCCGCCACUAUCAGCCUCAGUGAAGACGGCGGUUUUAAUGAUUUACGCUGGAGACAUAAUUAUGGUGACGUAAUUCAAAUGUGGAAUGGUAACUCGUCUGUUACAAUAAAGAAUAUACGCGCUACAGAUGACGGGGUUUAUGAAUGUUAUGGAAGUGAUAGUCGCGAUGACAACCGUGGAAUUAUGAGACUCAUUGUCAGAGAUUGUCCGCUGCCAAAAUGGAGUCCCCCUGAAUGUGAGAUGGAUUGUCCCGUGUGUUAUAACGGUGGAGUUUGUGACGACAAGUCCGGUCAAUGUAUUUGCCCCGCAGGCUUCAAAGGAGAAUACUGCCAAACAUCUUGUGGAAGCAAUAACUGGGGUCGUGAUUGUGAUGUUGUUUGUUCAACUGGAAAUGAUGAAGCUUGUAAAGGAAAGCUUUUUUGUCCUCCUGAUCCAUUCGGAUGCACCUGCAUCAACGGAUACAAGGGCGACGAUUGCAAUACAGCAUGUGCUAACAAUCACUAUGGAGCAGAUUGCCGUCAAGUAUGUCACUGCGAUUCAGGAGGAUGUGACAGAAAAACAGGAGAUUGUACAUCUGGGUCAUCUUGUUCGAUUUAUUACACAGGACCAGCAUGCCAAGAUUGUCCGCUGCCAAAAUGGAGUCCACCUGAAUGUGAGAUGGAUUGUCCCGUGUGUUAUAACAGUGGAGUUUGUGACGACAAGUCCGGUCAAUGUAUUUGCCCCGCAGGCUUCAAAGGAGAAUACUGCCAAACAUCUUGUGGAAGCAAUAACUGGGGUCGUGAUUGUGAUGUUGUUUGUUCAACUGGAAAUGAUGAAGCUUGUAAAGGAAAGCUUUUUUGUCCUCCUGAUCCAUUCGGAUGCACCUGCAUCGACGGAUAUGGAGGCAAUGAUUGCAAUACAGGUUUGAUAA